GCAGUCAUCACAUAGCCGCAGGCUGUGCCAAUCAGCCGAGCGCCUGGCCAUGUCAGCUCUCAAUUGCCAAGUUACCAAGCACUGCAGUGUUCAAUCCAAGGCAGCAGCAGCAAUUUCGUCCCAUCGCAAGGCGGUCUUUUUUGACAGGUGUUAAAACCUUCAAUCACUGGUUUUCUUAUAACAGGGAACCUUCCUUUCGAAGCUCUCCUGGCAGAAAAUACCAAAAAAAAUUGCAACCUGUCGCUGUACCGCGUCCAGUUCAUCCCUUCUCAUCUUUUUCCUGGUUUCGGCCUCGCCCCAAAAAGGGAAGUCCCAGGACACACAGACACCCGCACAUUUACCAUAGUAAAAAAAAAAAAGUCCCAAAUCCAUGUCGCAAAACACCCAACCCCACCCACGGGCCUUGGCCGACGCCGGGGAGGAGCAGCAGCUGCUGCACCACCGGGGAAAGGCCGUCCUCGGCGAAAGCCUGCUACCACCACCACCACCACCGUCCGCCGCCGCCGCUGCCGCCACAACCAAGACGCCCAGCACGGGCCGGGUUGGACCCUCGCUCAUGGACCUCCCCACUGAGCUGCACAUACUCAUCAGCCAAGAGCUCAUCUACCCGGAUGCGCUCUCGCUCAAGCACACGAGCAGGCACUUUUACGACCUGACCUACACGGGCGUCAAGCUCAAGGUUUCGUGGCUUAUGCAGAGGCGCCAGCUGCACCUCGAAUGUCCAAACGACACGCGCUGUGAUCUGGGGAGUGAUUUGCGGUUUUGCAGGGGUAGUGUGAGGCUUCUCAUGCAACGACGCCGUGAACAUGUCGAGUGCGAUAGUCGUCCCGGCCUGGGUUGUCUGGUAUUUGGCACCCCGGUCUGCACCCACCGCCAGCAGCCACUCCAGCGCAUACGCCGCUGGCUCAAGUCUCGGCUCACCAUCGAGCUACAGUGGCUGCUACUAGCUGCUGCGUUGGUUGUCCUUUGUUGGAUGUGGCUUCCACAACUCUCGGCAUACCUUGCGCCAUCGACAUAGUCGUCUUGUCGUAGGACUUGGCUGUGUGAAUUUUUUUCAUUUUUUUUUUUUUGAUCCCGAGUUUGUCUCUGCACAUCAUAUCCACAUUCGUAUUUUUUGCGUUGUCUGGGUUGUAUUCAAUUUUGACGUUUUAUUGUUGUAAUGAUAGUGUGUGCGAUCUUUUCUUUUUCCUCCUUUGAGCGAGCAACCGAUUGCUACUAUACCCCAUUAUAUGCGCGGUCUUAAUGUCUAAUCAUGCUUUAAUGUAGCCUUGACUCCAUUCACACGCAAGAUCACAAUUUCAGACUUGCACUGAUUUUUUUUUUUUCAUAUCGUCGAUGCCAGUACCGACGCAAGCCGAAAAUCUACGCGAGUCCCUCUUGACUCGCUUUUUCCCCGGUUCCUCCGAUGUCCGGCAUGUUCGGGACUAUUUGUAUUCUAAUUACACCACUGCGUACGUACGCAAAACUAUGUGGUGUCUUGCGUGCGAAUCAUUCAGCCAGAGUAUCUCAAUGUGUCAGCUUUCUUUUUCA